AUGAGUCUACCUUCAUUCAUCCGUCCCCAUGUCGGACAUGAGAUUCGGACAGUGGAGAUGCACACAUCGGGAGAACCAGCCCGCAUCGUUUACGCAGGCUAUCCCGAUAUCCCCGGCACACUUCUUCAACAACGUGAAGUGGCUCAACUACAGCAUGACCACAUCCGGCGGAGCCUCGUCUAUGAACCUCGUGGCCAUCAGGACAUGUACGGGGCCGUCCUGAGACCGCAUACUGAGCUAGUAGAUUCUGGUGAAGCUCACAUGGGCGCUCUGUUUCUUACUCAUGAAGGAUACGGCAUGAUGUGCGGCCACGCCACAAUGGCGCUUAGCAGGUUCCUUGUGGACUGCACGGAUGAAACCAUCUUUCCUCGACGAAAGCAACUAGCAUUUGAUGAGCUGAAGCAGGAAGUCGAAUUACGGCUCCAUGCUCCGGUUGGCCUGGUUAGCGUCAGAGUUCCCGCUCUAAAGGUAGCUGGUGUAUGGAGGUCGGAUACUAGCCGCCCGAUUACCUUCCUUUCCAUACCAACUUUUGCUACCGCCGUGAACCUUGCUUUCUACAUUCCCGAGCCCCUACGCUGGCCUGAACUGGGUGACCGCGAGAAUGUGACGGUCGAUGUAAGCUACGGCGGCGCUUUUUAUAUCAUCGUAUCUGCGUCAGCUCUCGGCUUUUCGCCCUCGCUUUCGAAGCCAAACCUGGCCGCACUCAGCAAAGCCGCAGAGAAGCUCAAAAAAGCCUUCAAUUCUACACCUCUGUUGAGAACUCGUCUUACAGUUCCUCAUGAUGAUCGACUGCAAUCUAUUUAUGGGGUUAUGGUCACAGAUGCUGAGAGCGGCGAAUCUGUGCCUGCUGCACCGGGAUGUAAAGGUGCAGAGACGGGAUUGUACUUUUUCUCCGACCAGCAGAUUGAUCGGAGUCCGACGGGUUCGCUGGUGCAGGCGCGGGUUGUGGUGGCAGUCGCAAAGGGAGAGAGGCAGUUGGGCGAGAGUUGGACCUAUCAUAGUCUUGUCUCGACAGCACAAGGAGGGUACAAGAGCGCUUUUGUUGGCACUCCAGUGGAAAGAAUUGAUUAUGGAAAGAGAGAAGGCAUUCGAGUUGAAGUGAGCGGGAGAGCUUACUAUAUUGGUUCCAGCACGUUUGUGGCUGAGGAAGAAGAUGAUGUUGGCAGAGGGUUUUCCUUCCAGAGCUUGGGAGAAUAG